UCAUGUGAUCAGCUGUGUCUAAUCACAGCUGAUCACAUGUAAACAGGGAAAUGCCGGUUAUCGGCAUUUCUCUCCCCACAAGCUGUCACGCUGACAGAGGAGAGGAGAGCCGGUAAUCAGCAUUCCUCGGAGGGGACAUCAGCGCCACCUGUCAGUGUCCAUCAGUGCCAGCACUCAGUGCUCAUCCAUGCCAGCUGCCAGUGCCCAUAAGUGCCACAUUUCAGUGCCCAUCAGUGCCACAUCAAUGCCACAUAUCAAUGCCCAUCUGAGCUGCCUCUCAGUGUCACCCAUCAGUGCCAGUCAGUGCCACCUAUCAAUGCCAGUCAGUGCCACCUAUCAGUGCUGCCAAUCAGUGCCACCUGUCAGUGCCAGUCAGUGCUGUCUAUCAGUGCAAGUCAGUGCCGCCUAUCAGUGUGCAUCAGUGCCGCCUAUCAGUGCCCAUCAGUGCUGCCUAUCAGUGCCACCUAAAAGUGCCAGUCAGUGCCACCUAACAGUGCCAGUCAGUGCCGCCUAUCAGUGCUAGUCAGUGCCGCCUAUCAGUGCCACCUAUCAGUGCCGCCUAUCAGUGCCAUAUAUGAGUGCUGCCUUUCAGUGCCCACCAGUGAUGCCUGUCAAUGCCCAUCAGUGCCACUUACCAGUGCCUCCUCAUCAGUGCCCAUCAGUGCUACCUAUCAGUGCCCAUCAGUGCAGCCUCAUUAGCACACAUCAGUAAAGGAGAAAAAUCACUUAUUUACAAAAUUUUAUAACAAAAACUAAGAAAAAACUUUUUUUUUUCAAAAUUUUCUGUCGUUUUUGGUUUGUUUAAGAAAAAAUAA